GCGGGGCAGAUCAAUCAAAUGGAAUGUUUGGACAUCGGUAUUCAACGGCUCGGACCUGUUUCCUAACCACCUAGUCGUCUCCUUCCUUCGCUGGAUCGGAUAUAUUAGGCCUCAUGGAGCUUGGCACUCUACGAGAACUGCUUGUGGCAGAUCGGAGUCUCCACUCCUCUCCUCACGACCAGUCCUGAGUAACAGGUGUUUUUCUUCUCCCUCCCCUUUCCCCCCUCUUCCAUCCUUCUCUUUUGCCGUUCCCCUUCCCUUCCUGCCCUUGGCUUCUUCGCUGGCCCUUCCUCCGUGCCCUGAGAUGAUUGGAAAACUGAAGCAGAAUUUGCUGGUGGCCUGCUUGGUCAUUAGCUCUGUCACAGUUUUCUACCUGGGCAGGCAUGCCAUGGAGUGUCACCAUCGCAUCGAGGAGCGAAGCCAGCCAGUCAUGGGCAGCAUCCGUGCCACUUUACGCACUGGCCAGAAUCUCAGCAGUCCUUUCAUUUACAACAAGGACAUGCCUUUGAUCUUCAUUGGAGGCGUGCCUCGGAGUGGCACCACACUCAUGAGGGCCAUGCUGGACGCCCAUCCGGACGUGCGCUGCGGUGAGGAGACCCGUGUUAUUCCCCGCAUCCUGGCUAUGAAGCAGAUGUGGAGCCGGUCUGGCCGUGAGAAGAUGCGCCUGGAUGAAGCUGGCGUUACGGAUGAAGUCCUGGACUCUGCCAUGCAGGCCUUUCUGUUGGAGAUCAUUGUGAAACAUGGUGAGCCAGCAACCUACCUGUGUAACAAAGACCCAUUUGCGCUUAAGUCCCUCUCAUACUUGGCCAAGAUCUUCCCUAACGCCAAGUUCAUUCUGAUGAUCCGAGACGGACGAGCCUCGGUCCACUCCAUGAUCUCCCGCAAAGUGACUAUUGCGGGUUUCGACUUGAGCAGCUACCGGGACUGCCUUACCAAGUGGAACCGCGCCAUUGAGACAAUGUACACGCAGUGCCUGGAGGCUGCGGACAAGUGCUUACCCGUGCACUAUGAGCAGCUGGUCCUGCACCCAGAAAAGUGGAUGAGGACGCUGCUGAAAUUCCUUGACAUUCCAUGGAAUGAGGCAGUCCUGCAUCAUGAGGAACUUAUUGGGAAAGCUGGAGGGGUGUCACUUUCCAAGGUGGAGAGGUCCACGGACCAGGUGAUAAAACCAGUCAACGUGGAGGCCUUAUCCAAGUGGGUGGGCAAGAUCCCAGCGGACGUCCUGAGGGACAUGCCUGUCAUCGCACCAAUGCUCUCCCGGCUAGGGUACGACCCGCACGCUAACCCCCCCAACUACGGCAGGCCGGAUCCCCAGGUCCUGGACAACACUAGAAGAGUCUUUAAGGGUGAAUUUCAGCUACCUGAUUUUCUUAAAGAACAAUCACAGCUCCAGAAAUCUCCAGAAAAGCCAAACCCUAGUUAGGAGGAGGAGGAGGAAGAAAAGCAGCUACCACGUCAUAGAUAGACAGAGCAGGAGAGGAAACAGCAGGACCAAAGUGGACCUUCAGCCCUCCCGCUGCGACGAGGCCUCCAUUUAUGGCCAUUUACACACACACACACACACAUGCACACAGAGGAACAGAUAUGCUUUUACAAACACAGGCCUAUGGACCUGGACCACUCAUUGGACAUCCCCUUUGGCCUUUGAUGUUGUACUGUACACUUGUGGCCUAAGAAUGUUCUAGCUGCUUUUUUUUUUUUUUUUUGUCAUACCAUAUUCAUUGGAAACUUUUUUUUUUUAAAUUUAAAAUUUUCCUGCCUACAUAAAUCUGUGAUUCUGUUCUAAGAAAAUACAGUAAAUUUUGAUUGAAAGGGUGUAUUUAUGGAAGAAAGUUAGCUUUUUUUGAAGAUGCAAUAUCUAUUUUAAUGUUUGAUUUUUUUUUUCUCUCAUGCUUUUGUAAUGUGCAAUUCCUUGGGUACUGAUGAACAAGGUCACAUUUUGACGUAAUGACAGUGUAAAGAUAAGACAUUUUGUACCCUGUACUCAUCAUCGAUUGAUCUUUUGUAUAUGGUGAGCCGUAAUAAAUGAAUUGUCUGUGUUUGAAGGCAGCAGGAUCACAAUAUAUCUCUGUUAAAAGAAAAUUUCAUUGCAAAGAUUACGUGACUGUGUGUCUUCCCCCUUUUUGUACUAAAAUAUAAAACCACACCACCA